AUGACACGCAGAGGGACAAAUUUGUGGUCGCUUCCUGUUGAAAAUCUACACCGUACACGCGAAAAUUUAUCUAAGUUUUUUUUUCUUUCUUUAUAUCUAUCUAUCUCAAUCCAUCUAAGUUUCUAUCUAUCUAUCCCAAUCCAUCUAAAUUUCUAUCUAUCUAUUUAUUCAUCUAUCUAUCAAUCUAUCACUUUAUGUUCCUAUCUAUCUAUCUAUCUAUCUAUCUAUCUAUCUAUCUAUCUAUCUAUCUAUCUAUCUCUGUUCAUAUCUAUGUAUUUAUCUAUCUAUCUCAAUCCAAAAGAAACUAAGGGUGUAUCUAUUUAUCUCACUCUAUUCAUAUCUAUCUAUCUAUCUAUCUAUAUAUCUAUCUGUUAUGGUCCCAUACCACUAUCUAUCUAUCUAUCUAUCUAUCUAUCUAUCUAUCUAUCUAUCUAUCUAUCAAAAAUCGAUGCAUAUUACUGCACACCACUCCAAAUGGCCUAA